GUGAGGCGAGGAGAAGAAGGAGGAGGAGGAGGAGGAGGAGGAGGAGGACAAGGAGGAGGACGAAGGAGUCGGCUGCCCGGGACCCAGCCCAGCUGCAACUGCAGCGGCAGCGCCAGCCGCCCCAGCGCUAGCGCGUGGCGGGCAGGACAAGGGCCGAGGGGCCCUACUAUGCGCUGCCCCCGCCCCUCUGGUCUCCGGCUCAAGUCCCGCGUCGGCGGAGAUUCGGGGUAGAGACCUCGCGCGGCGGCGGCCGCUAUGAUUGUCUGGGCGGCCCUAGGCCUCCUCUGCCUGCAGCUGGCUUUGGGGCAGAGCAUACCUGAGCCAGGCCCUGCCACACACCCUCCGGCUGCCCAGGGUGACCUCCUCUUCCUGUUGGACAGCUCAGCCAGCGUCUCCUACUACGAAUUCUCUCGGGUGAAGGAGUUUGUGGGGCAGCUGGUGCAGUCGCUGCCCUUGGGCUCAGGGGCUGUGCAAACCAGCAUGGUACUUGUGGGCAGUAAGCCCUCGGUCGAGUUCCCCUUUGACCAGCACCGCUCAGGAGCUGCUGCCCAGGAGGCCGUCCGGGCUGCCAAGCAACUGAUGGGGGAUACCAACACUGGGCUGGCCCUGGAUCUGGCCAAAGAGCAGUUGCUCACCAGCAAGGCGGGCGCUCGGCCUGGCGUACGCAAGGUGCUGGUGUGGGUGACCGACGGUGGCUCGAGCGACGAGGCGCAGGUCCCCAUGCAGGCGCUCAAGGACAUGGGGGUGACCGUCUUCAUCGUCAGCACCGGCCGAGGCAACUUCCUGGACCUCUCUGCUGCCGCCUCCCAGCCCCCCGAGAAGCACCUGCGCUUUGUGGAUGUGGAUGACUUGCAAAUUAUCGUCCCUGAGCUGCGGGGCUCCAUCCUUGAGGCAAUGCGACCCCAAGAACUUCAUGCUGCCGAGGUGACAUCUCACAGCUUCCGCCUGGUAUGGCCACCCCUGCUGUCUGGUGACUCUGGCUACUACCUGUUGGAGGUGGCCCCCAGCGCUGACCCUGGCGCCAAGCAGAGCCGCCACUUGCUUGGGAAUGAGACCAGCUGGUUCUGGGAUGGCCUGGAACCCAGUACCACCUAUAAGGUGGUCUUGGUGCCGGAGUCCAACCUACACUACCUGGCCCCACAGACUAUCCAAGUCACCACUCUGGAAGAAGAGAUCAGCCCAUCCCGGAUCCUCAUCUCCCACUCAAAGCCUCGAAGCUUUCAUGUGAGCUGGGCCCCGACUCCUGCCAGCGUGCUCCGGUACGAGGUCCUGUAUGGACCCCUGCCAGGGGGCGAAGCCCGACUCGUUGAGGUGCCCGCCACAGAGAACAGCACCACGCUGGACAACCUGUCUCCCAACACCACCUACCUGGUCACCGUGGCUGCCAUCUAUAGCUCUGGCCGGGAGAAAGCUCUGUCGGCUAAGGCUUGUACGCAAGAAGUGGCCUCCAAGAUUGGGCGCCUCUACUUCCAGAGCCUGGGCCCUAGCACCGUGAAGGCCUCAUGGGACUCAGCAGAGGGAGAUGUCCAGGGUUACCAGGUACGGUGCCGACGGCAGGUGGGGCCCCCGUCCCUUCUCAGCGUCUCGCCACAGACCCACAGUGUCAUCCUCACGGGCCUGGCUGCCGGCACCACCAACCACGUGUGUGUGACGCCCAUCUACCAGAGUCACACGGGGCCUCGCAGUUGCCAGACGGUCCGCAUGCAUCCUGUCACCCCAGCUCCUGAGUAUCGACCCACUUAGCCAUAUCCCAAGAUGCCCUUAGUCCCAAAUAACAGGAGAGCUGAGCCUUUCCAUCAGAAACAGCCCAGAGGGAAAGCACUGGGCUGAGGAGAUUGGGGAGAGAAGACGGAAUCUCUGUGGCUAGUCGGUCCCUCUGAGCCCCAUCAGUCCUUUCCCAUCCCUUGCAGGGUGCCUACAUGCAGCGGGUCAGCAGUCAGCUUGGGUCCGAUCGGGUGGUCCGUGAGGACUUGGGUCCAAACCCUGAGGUGCUGAUGGCUCGGCUGUGGGCCUAGGCUCACGUUCUUCUCUCUUGUAC